AUGCCGGUGACCGUGACCCAAACGACCAUCACCACCACCUCAUCAUCCUCGGGUCUGGGCUCCCCCACCAUCGUGGGGUCCCCUCGGGCAUUGACCCAGCCCCUGGGCCUCCUCCACCUGUUACAGCUGCUAUCCACCUGCAUUGUCUUCUCGCUAGUGGCCAGUAUGGGCAUCUGGGAGGGGCCAGUGGGCAACUGGUCCAUGUUCACCUGGUGUUUCUGCUUCUCGAUGAUGUUGAUCAUCCUCAUUGUGGAGGUGUUUGGGCUACAGUUCCGCUUCCCCUUGUCCUGGCGUAACUUCCCCAUCACCUUCACCUGCUAUGCCGCCCUCCUCUGCCUGUCCACCUCCAUCAUCUACCCUACCACGUACGUCCAAUUCUUGGCCCAUGGCUAUGCCUGGGACCAUGCCAUUGCGGCCACCUCCCUCUCCUGUAUAGCUUUCUUGGCUUAUGCCUUUGAAGUGACCUGGACCUGGGUCUGGCCUGGCAAGAUCACCGGUUACAUGGCCACCGUGCCCGGACUGUUGAAGGUGCUGGAGACCUUCAUGGCUUGCAUCAUCUUCACCUUCAUCAGCGAUCCCAGUCUGUACCAGCACCAGACAGUGUUGGAGUGGUGUGUGGCCAUGUAUGCCAUCUAUUUCAUCCUGGCCUCUGUGGCCAUCUUGCUGAACUUGGGUGACUGCACCAAUGCCCUGCCCAUCCCCUUCCCCAGCUUCCUCUCAGGCCUGGCAUUGCUGUCUGUCAUCCUCUACUCCACUGCCCUUGUCAUCUGGCCCCUCUACCAGUUCAACGAGCUUUAUGGAGGCCAGCCCCGCCGGUCUAAGGAUGUCAGCUGUGGCCGGUCACAUGUCUACUACAUCUGUACCUGGGACCGCCGCCUGGCUAUCGCCAUCCUAACAGCCAUCAACCUGUUGGCCUACUUGGCUGACCUAGUCUAUUCCACCCGCCUAGUCUUCGUCAAGGUCUUCCCCCUCCCUCCUUCUCUCCACUUUUCUGGGCUUUCUUGA